CGAGUGCACGAGUUUCACCCCAGUGAUAAAAGCUACCAAGCUCAUCAGGAAUCAGCAUAAUUAUUCCGUUGAUUUCUAGUAUCACACAGCACGUCACGGCAAAUCACCAUGGCUCCACUCACUUCAGCCAAACCCGACGAGGACCAGGUUCUGGUUGAAGAGAGGUCUUCUGCAAGAAUAUUGACAUUGAAUAGACCUAGACAAUUGAACGCCCUUUCAUUUCAAAUGGUUUCUCGGUUAUUGGAACUUUUCAUUGCCUAUGAAGAGGAUUCAAAUGUCAAGUUGGUAAUUGUGAAGGGAAAGGGGAGAGCAUUUUGUGCUGGUGGUGAUGUUGUAGCUGUGAUUCAGGAUUGUAAUAAAGGUGACUGGAGAUUUGGUGCAAAUUAUUUUCGGAAGGAGUUCCUCUUAAAUUACAUCAUGGCAACCUAUCGUAAACCCCAGGUUUCAAUUCUUAAUGGAAUUGUGAUGGGAGGUGGAGCCGGUGCUUCAAUUCACGGUAGAUUCCGGGUUGCAACAGAGAAUUCGGUCUUUGCAAUGCCAGAAACAGGUUUGGGGCUCUUCCCAGAUGUAGGUGCCUCUUAUUUCUUGUCCAGACUCCAAGGAUUCUUUGGAGAAUAUGUUGGCCUUACCGGCACUAGGUUGGAUGGUGCUGAAAUGCUUGCGUGUGGCCUUGCAACUCACUUUGUCCCCUCAGUGAGAUUGUCUCUGUUGGAAGAGGCACUGCUCAAGUUAGAUUCAAGUGAUCCAGCCAUUGUUUCUGCAACCAUUGACAAAUACUCACAGCGACCUUAUUUGAAAGAGCAAAGUGCAUAUCACAGAUUGGAUCUAAUUGAUAGGUGCUUCUCUCGAAGAACAGUUGAAGAUAUUUUAUCUGCCCUUGAGAGAGAGGCAUUGAAUAAGAACGAUGAUUGGAUAUCUGCGACAAUUAAGUCACUGAAGGAAGCAUCUCCAACGAGCCUUAAGGUUUCUCUGAGAUCGAUUAGACAAGGAAGGCUCCAGGGUGUCGGUCAAUGCCUUGUUCGCGAGUAUAGAAUGGUUUGUCAUAUCCUACGAGGGAAUGUCAGCUGGGAUUUCUUUGAGGGCAGUAGAGCUAUACUGCUGGACAAGGAUAAGAACCCAAAGUGGAAGCCCUCUAAGUUGGAGCUUGUUAGUGAGGAUAUGGUCGACUCAUACUUCUCUAUGUUGGAUGAUGAAGAUUGGGAAGAUUUGAAGUUCCCUGCAAGAUCCAAUUUGCCUGUAUCUGCCAUUGCAAAGCUUUAAUGCAUCAAGAUGAAAAAAGGGGAAAUUGUUAUAAUCUUCUCUUUUCUAGCUAGUUUUUGCUAUUUCAAAAGGUUUCUGGGGCCUAUACUUGAAGGAAAGUUACACAAUAAGCGAUGCUCCCAACCCUACACGAUCCAGAUUGUUUGCUUACUCCAAACUGGAUCAAGAUUCCUUAGUUGUCCAAUUAAUAUUGUAGAUAUUUGAGAUCUUAACAUGCGGAGAUAUGCGUGGCCUAAGUUUCAAACUACCAAUUUCUUUAAUAAAAGUCAAUUUUCAAUGACCAA